ACGUUAGCUGACGCUUUGAAAGAUUAUUGACAAUUUCACGCCUCACGUUGGUGGAUGUUGUACCUUGGUAGAUGGUCCAGCAACCGCCCCGGUGCCGAGGAAUUGUUUGGUUAAGUCUCAGCCGGCAGUCGUUAUGGCAGAGGAGGAGGAUUUAUCACCAAACAUUCUGACAGAAGAGAUGAAACACAGUAAUGGCGCCUUCGUACCUCCAGAUGGUUUAUGCUGGGUGUCAGUGCUGUCCUGUCUGAUGCUGGCUUGUUCUUAUGUUGGGAGUUUAUAUGUGUGGAGGAGUGACCUGCCGAGGGAUCACCCCACUGUGAUAAAGAGACGCUUCACCAGCGUACUGAUUGUGUCCGGCCUGUCGCCUGUCUUUGUGUGGGCAUGGAGAGAAUUCACAGGUGUCAGGACUGGCCCAUCGCUACUGGCUCUCAUGGGGAUGCGAUUUGAUGGCCUCAUUCCUGCCAUCAUCCUUCCUCUGCUGCUUACCAUGGUCCUGUUUCUGGGCCCCCUCAUGCAGUUGGCAAUGGACUGUCCCUGGAGCUUCAUGGAUGGGAUUCGGGUGGCCUUUGACCCGUGGUUCUGGAUGUUGUGUUUCAGCGACAUGCGCUGGUUGAGGAAUCAGGUGGUAGCACCAUUAACAGAAGAGCUGGUGUUCAGGGCCUGCAUGCUGCCCAUGUUGGUGCCCUGUGCGGGUCCGUCCACUGCAAUCUUCACCUGCCCCCUCUUCUUUGGAGUGGCUCACUUCCACCAUGUGAUCGAGCUGCUGAGGUUCAGACAGGGCACGCUGUCAGGGAUCUUCCUCUCUGCAGUGUUCCAGUUCUCCUACACAGCAGUGUUUGGGGCCUACACUGCCUUCAUCUUCAUCAGAACAGGCCACCUGAUGGGUCCGGUGCUCUGCCACUCCUUCUGUAACUACAUGGGUUUCCCCGCCAUCAGCACGGCGUUGGAGCACCCCCACCGCAUUACCGUCCUCUCCUCGUACCUGCUGGGGGUCCUCCUCUUCCUCCUCUUUCUCUUCCCCUUCACUGACCCCUCCUACUACGGCAUCCCCACACCAGUCUGCACCCUCACCUCCUCCCCCAGCUCCCUCUGCCUCUCCUGAUCCCUGCUCACACACUUCUCUGCUAUCGUCGUGUAACUUUCCACAGAUGAAGCAGUUGACAGUGUUUUUUUGCCAAGUUAGCGAUCAGGUCAGGUCCAGUUUGGGGCCACAGAGCUGAGUUGGCUAAGUUGCCAUGGAGAGGUGGGGAAAUCUCCAGCCAUUUCCUAUGGUCUGUGGACGCUUGAUAUGUCAGUGCAUUUACACGACAUAUUUCAGUUAAUCAGCAGAUGCUGUGGUUGGUUCCAGGACAGCUUCUGUGCCUGGUGGCCCACGCUGACGCCCUGAUUCUUGGUUUUAGUCUAGUUGUUACACUGAUGCUCUUAAGCUGAUAGAUCUCAUCAGUUUGUGAUGAAGAACACAAUGUACCUUUUUGGUGUACUCAUUUUCCACUCAGCCUGCCUCAUCUUUUUAAAGGAUAAUUCUUGUUUAUUACAUAUUUGGGCUUAUGUACGGAAUUUGGGCAAUCUUUUCUAUCAGUAUGACCAAGCUGUUGCAGAUAUCUGGAAACAAAGCGUCCAGUCAGACAGGUUUUAAAUGAACCCCCAGAUUGCUCAGCUGAUUUAGAAGAGAGAGAAAAGGGGAACUGUGAAAUUAUUACCCAAACUGUCUGUUGGGAACAUGACUCACUUUUCAAUUUCAAAGUAAAGUGGUUUAGAUAAUCUGCUUAAGAUGUUGGUUCGUUCUCAUCCUGAUAUUUUGACUGUUUCGCACCCCUCUUAACCAACAGAAAUGAUGGCAUUAACAAGGGAAAUGAGACCCAAGUUGCAGUUCUCCUACCUGACAGGUCUGGACGUCGGGUACUGGAGUUUCAGGUUGGGUUCGGCCCUUUUGUUGCACACAGCUUGGGUCAUGGAUUCAGGUUUGGUUGUGUUCAAAUGUAAUUUGUCACAUUAGCCUGGCGAGCUAACGGUCAGUAAUGAAUGAGUUAAUAAAUAAAUAGCUGCAGAUCUGAAGAUUUGAAAUUUGGCAGCUUGGGUUCAGUUGAAUCUAAGAGAUCUGCCUCCAGUUGUGCUUAUACAGAACUCAACCCUGUAAUAAAGCAGAAUUAUCCUUUAACGCCUUUGAGCGUCUUCUGAGUGAGACACGGAAAUCGUCAGCAGAGUGGGGUGUUGGAGAAACAGUUUUUCCAGUGAAGACAGUGAGAGUCACAGCCCUUACUUCAAACUCAACCUGUCUUGUGGCUGCACUGCAUUCUGGUCUACAGAGGCUCAUAGAGAUGUUGGCAUCUUUGCCUCUUCUGUCUGGGAUCGCUCAAUUGCAUAUAAUGCUACUGUAGUUGCACUGGAGUACAGGAACGAUACUCUGAUGUAGGAAAAACACGCCACUGGGCAGAAUGGUCGCAGGAAUGCAAUCUGCAUCACCCAUAGCUGUUCUUAAUGUGAUGGCCUUGUCUCAGCUGGAGACACCACCAGAGAAACCCUGUGCUGGAGUCAGUCAGUGUUUGCUAUGAUGUGUUAAUGGUUAUUUAUAUAUCUCUGCAUGUUUCAGUGCUGGUAGCUUUGUCGGUGAUGGUCGGUGAUGGGGAAAGCUGGGUGGGGGUUGUGUCACGGUUUAUAAUGCCUGAAACAUACUCGAUGUAAGUGCACAAACACAAAUGACAAGCUGGUGGGACGUACUGGGAAGAGCCACCAGUCCGGUCACACCACCGUUUCUAACGUGGAGGCAACCUCAGUGUGUCUUCUUGACACACACACACUGGAUUGUACAUUUUUUUACCUCUUUUUUUUUUUCUUUUGACCUUCUCUUCUUCAGCCAGAUACAACAAACAAAGGCGCUCUGUCCACAUCCGUAUUGCGUAUUACAAGCCAAAGCUUUAGGAUUUUUUUGGGACAUAUUUUGUAAUGCAUCGACUCCUGAUUUUGAGUUUUAGUAUCCUGAAGCAUCUGUGUCCUUACAUCGAGUAUGUUGUGGUCUUAAAGCUGGAGAUUUGUUAUUUCUUGUUAAUCUGUAGCUGAUUUUCGGGGAUCUUUAUCUUGAUGUUCUAAAAUGGCAUCUGAGCUUUGUUUUCAUGCGCCAGUUGUUAAUAGUUUCUCUAUUCCAAUACAGUAUAUUCACUCAGAGCAUCUUGCCCACAGGAGCUCAUGGUCUGUCAACCAGUCACUGUUGACAUUUGGUUCUAUGAUGUAUCAGACUGCCUCGCUCAUAUCUGUAGAUUUAAAAGGUGUGAUGACGCUCGUGCUUCCACUCCUUUGCUUCGGGUUCUAUGUUGCCUUUAAUUGAGGGGAGUGCAGGACUCCAACACUCAGGUGUCGUGUCAUAAAGGCAAGAAAGCUCCAGCCACUACACUGCUUGCUGCUACUUGUAUAUUCCCAAUACAGAGCCAGGAGAAGUCCUUGUGUUCACAGCUGUACACAGAGUUAGUAUUAAAAAUGACAAGAUAAUGCUUUGUGAGAAACAUACCAGCACAUGACCUAUUUAAGACGAGACUAAUUUAUUAUGCACCUGGGUUUUGUUUUAAUAGUUUUGGCCUUCAUUUUACUCACUUAUACAGGUGGCUGCAGAGUUAAAUGGGAGUCUGAUACACUGUAGGGGAAACACAGUUUGCCAAUCGUAGACAAAAGUUUGUGAUGUGAUGCAAGAACCCUCGGCACAGUGCAACCUAGAUUCCUCUUGACCUUGCAGUGAUGAGUCCCAGACACUACGACGGCUUUUAAACAAAAACAAGUCCUAAGUGAAAAAAUGCAGAAGGAAACUGUGGGCACAGAGUUGUUGCUGCCUUCAGUGAACGUCACAGCCACUUGCACCAGUCAAUUUCAAGAUAUUUUGCUGUUUGAUAGUUGAUGGCAGAAAGGUGCCAAGAAAUGUAGCAAUACACCAACAAAGCCAGAGAAGACUGCUAGCUCGCAAACAUGGAUAUAAACAAUACACAUUUAAAAAAUAAGGCUUUUUACAUGUUUUAUGAAGAAGUAAAUGCAUUUGUUAGGCCUUCACAGGGCCCCUGUUAACAUAGAGAACAGUUGUCUAGUUUUACUGAUAAGGCAAUACGGCCUGCAAUACGUCAGACUGGAGACUGACCCCCACUGGAGAACAAGACCCAAUCAAAUAAACAGCAACAGCCCAAAACUGGAAUAGUUUUACAAUCAGUACCUUAUCUGGGAUCAUCUUUUUUGUUUGUUCACCCUCAUAUCGACAUAAAAACAUCUUGCAGUGGAAGCAGUAGAGCAAUGAAAUGUUUCUUGCACUAACUUUAAAUCAAGGCUGAAAACAGGAUGCAGUAUGCUGGGCCAUUAUGGAGGACAGCUGGGUUGAUUGUGUUCAUUUUCAGCUUUACUUCAAGAUAAGUGGUUCAGAUAUUAAAGUUAAACUGUGAUAAACCUGACAACUCCUCUGGUGCCUCACCAGACUCAUUAAUAUCAUCUGAAGCAGCUAGAAAUGAUGUUCAAAACUACCAAAAUGCGACUCAGGUUGUAGAAAAGAACAAUGUCACUUUUGUUUAUGACCAACACUUCAGUUUAGACAGUUAAUAGUUGUUUGCACUAGACAUCUGUGCAGUCUUGUAAUAUUCUCGUUCUGCAAGGGGGUAUCAGGUGCUUUUUGUUUGAAAAAUGUCUUUUGAUUUUGCUUCUACAGUGAUCGGCACAGCCAGCCAGUGUCUUUGCUGUGAAGCAACUGAACUGCAGAACGAGAUGACAGUGUCUUCAUCGGACUGACUGACUAGUUAACCUCACACUCCACAUGUUGAAGUUAAUUAUAGCUUACAGUUGGUGUUAUUUGAGGUGCUUUUGAGAGUGACAGGAAGAGCUCAAAAUGGCAAAAACACUAAGCUAUACUCAUACUGUGAAGAAGUGGACUGCUUGGGUCUUCAGCAAUAAAUCCUAUAUGUGGGAAGUUUUUGGAUCCAGUUUAUGUGAGUGAGCGAGUAAAGCAGUAGACUCUGUGGAUGAAACAGGGCCCUGUAUGUAGAUUCAUUUUGCUGGCCUUGGCAGAUUGAAUUGUGAUGGGAACUGCACCUUACUAACCUGAAGCUGCCAGCAGAGGGCGUCAGAGCACUUCAUCAGAGGCAGAGCUGCUGUAGACAAGACUCACUGAGGACCUCCAUCCUUAUUAGCCUCUCUGACAUCUGUCAUCAGUCUCUGGAAAACCAAUUCACUCUAACUUAUUUUUCCUUUAGCUUCUACACAAUUAAGCCACAAUAGAGGAGAUAGAUGCAGAGAGGAGGGCCCCUGUGGUGAGACUCUCACUGAUGUUGAAAAGUUGUGGUUCCUUCUGCCUCCCACCUCGUUCUUUCAGAGCUUCUCCUCUUGCUGGCUGUAAAUCAUCCUUGUUUCAUUGCUCUACUCUAGAUAUAGAAGCUUUUUUUGUCUUAUACCACAACCAGGCUUUACAAACAGCUGUACAAUAGUCCAAGACUAAAUUCUGUUCACAUGCUGAGGCACAGUGGAUCAGCUGCAUGUCCAGUUAGGGGUUUCACAGGAGAGCUUUUGUUCUUUGGUGUUUGUUCAUCACUCUGUUUUUAUAUUAAUUCCCAGGACCCAAGUUAGAGUCAGGAAGGCAUGUAAAUCUGGGUAUGGUAUAGUCUAUAUUUAGUUUUCAAAAUAUAGGGUCAGUUGGGGUUCAAGUUAAAUUUGACUAUAUACUGUAGAAAUGAUGAUAUGCCAGAUUUUCUAAUCUAGUUGUAGUCACCAUGAUACAUGUAUUUUUGUUUGGAAAAAUGAGCAAAUUUCAGUGAACAUUGUUUCAUGGUGGUAAACUGAUGAUAACACUGGGGUGGCGUGUGUGCUCAGUUUACGUAAAUACAAUGCUAAUUUCACGGACGUGCUGUAAAAUAUAAAGGUCACAUUGGAAAUUAGAAUACAUUAAGAUCACUGUUAAGUCAUUCAACUUACCGGAUAUGUUCUAAGGCCCUGCAGGGAUAUAAUGGGAAUAUCAGACAGGGCCUGAAAUGAUAUAGAAGCAAGCAAAUGCUCCAGCGUUUCCCAAGUGAACACUGCUCUAAUAUUUCAUACAGUCCUGUCGAAUGAUACAGCACGUCUCAUGCUGCCCUCAUGAAAUAUAUUAGGCAAGAUCAAUAACAGAUCUUAUAUUUAGGUUUGUUAUUUUCAUACCAGUGCCUCAUUUCAAUAAGCCACUUAAUGAAAUGAGGCACGCAUUUCCUCCUCUGCCACAGUAAGUGUUUGUCCUCAGAUUUAUAUCAGCAGCUGGAGGUAAAUAUUAGUUUGAAAAUUCAUCAUUCAUCAUCAUUCGAAGUAUAACCCAGAUCAUUAUUUCCACGAAGCUCCACUUUUUUAGUCUGUUAUAGUUGGCUUUGCACAGACCACUGCUGGUCUUUCUGCCAACAUAUACUCAGCCCGUGCUGCUACAGCAGUGAGGGCUGGGAACCUAGAGGCCCAUUUGUUGCUUUCAGCUUUUCUUUCUCACGGAUGGUUUAAAUGAAGCUGAUUUCUGUGGUUGUGGCAGUGUGCUUUACUGCCUGCCACACUGUCUUUUUGAUGCUGACACUUGGGGGCACCAAGGCACCACAAUCACUAAGGAAAGGGGGUCUAAUUGGUCGAAACAUCGUUAAAGAUCAGUUUUAGGAAUCUCUCACAACCUCAUCUGUCUUCUAAGGGGGCCCCACGCCAAACCACAGGCCGUCAAACUAAUAUAUGUGCUGUUAUUGUUAUUUUCUAAAAGGAAACGACCCCUUUCUGCAGAAUUAAGAGAUACAUUUCUUUCCUAAUCCUUCUAAGAAAUACUGACAAUUGACUGACAUUUAAGAUUGAUCGACCUUGUAGACUGGAUCGUCUGAAUGAAUAGUCUGUAUAAUGUUUCACAUUAGCUGCUGGUGCCAGCAGUUUCAAAUUCUUGCUCUUUUCCUGCGAUAAAAAAGGCUUUUUCUUCUCUCCAUUGAGCCCUUUGCUGAAGCAAUCAACUGAUCCCAUAUCUUUUCUGUAAAAAGAGACACAUGGCUACCUUUCUCCCUUUAUUCUCACCAACUGUGGUGUGUGAUCGUGCAUUUUUCCACCACACACAGUUCAGAAACUCUCCAGAUAUUAUUUGCGAACAGACUGUCACACAGAAUGCUUUUGCUUUUGCCUGAUCUCGUGCUUUCCUGUCAUGGGCUGAAGGUCAGACACAAUGGGCUGAAACACUGGUUUUGCCUGUACUGCUGUAGAAAGAAACACUUUUUCCCCAGUGUCUUCAGCCAACAAUGACACAUCAGUAUUUGCUGUUGAAGAUGCAGAAAGUGCACAUCUGUAAUGAUAUGCAGAGAGCAGCAUCAACAGAGACUGCAGAAUCUAUUUUUGCUGAGCUUUAGCGCUCCGUUAUUUUAAUAUACAACACCAAGCGAAAAGUAAUUUUAAAUGUGCAUUUUCAGAGCUCGUGAGAAAUGAAUAGUGAGUCAGCUGGCAAAACAGAACUCCACAGAUGUUUAUAUUGAGCACUAUAUUUUGUAACCAGAUCUAUUUUGGUGACAGGAACAGAGUGUACAGAUAUGUGCAUGUAUUUUAUGCUCACUGUGUCACACUUGUACAAUUCAAGUUAGAGACUACAGAACCGUGUUUUAGUAUGACAAUCUUUUACAGAAACUUUGGAAUCACUCUGCAAAAUAUCUAUUUGUAAAUAAAUAUUGUAAUUUUA